GUUGAUGAUGGUAGUAUUCACUGAAGUUUUUGCACCAGAUAACUCUCUGUCACCUAGAAGUCUGACAAAUAUGAAUCUUUCCACAAUUCUUCCCAUCCAUCUCUCCUAGUAAUAUCAGCAAGUGUCCUCAAAUACUUAGCCUGCAAUGGCCGCUCUCGAGUGAAAAAGUUGAUCUGCAGAAUGUUCUCAGCACAUUCACACUUAAGGCGCCAUCUUCAAGCCCAGAAUUCUCUAAACGCGAAGUCACUUCGUAUACGAAAGGCCCUGCACAUACUAUCAGAAUUGCAUGGAAAGCAUUUAUACCUAUAUCGUGCCGUAUGCAACUAUUGUUGGGCCGUCAAGAAUAGGGAGAAUUUUGUCGUGAAGCAAUCUUCUGUUAGCCAUGACCAAUAUGUGGUUUACAUUAAUCUGUCCGAGCACGCUGCGAAAGGCUAUCCAAAGAGGUCGACUGUCGCAGAUGUCAUCGACACUUUUCCCAAAGAGGACGUCAACUCCUGCACUCCUCCGUGAAAGAUGUUAUGAAUCUGUUUGAGAAGGAUUCACUCAGUACAGGAUCCGCCGUGUGUGGAGACCCGAAACGGGACAACAAGCAGCGGAAGACAAAAAGCAAGUACAUGUUUGAUAAUGCGUUGAGGAUGGUGGUUGGCUUAUCAGUUGCGGUGGACUUUAGCCUAUACCCAUCGGUCUGUGUUGAGGCGGAUCACGAAGCGCUGGCGACAAAGAAAGAUUCUUAAUUGUCUCCGCAUGAUUUGGGACAAUAAUCUCAGUUAUCUCGAUUUAAAAGUUUCAAAACAAGCGGUCAAAAUCAUAAAAUCUGGAC